AUGUCUAGGAUGAUGAAAACACUUCUGCUGCUGCUGCUACAGCUGUGUUCUUUCUUCAGCACCGGGAGCUGUGGGAAGGUGCUGGUGUGGCAAAUGGAAUUCAACCACUGGAUGAAUACAAAGGUAAUACUGGUUGAACUUGUACAGAGGGGACAUGAGGUGACAGUUCUCCGACCUUCAUCUUCUGUUUUUAUUGAUCUCAAUAAUCCAUCUGGCAUAAGAUUUGAAACUUUUCCUUCGUCUAUCACUCCAGAAGAAAUGAAGAAAUUUUUCAGACACUGGAUUGAUAACUGGGUAUAUGAUGUGCCAAAGGAUACCUACUGGGAAUACUUUCCCCUACUACAAGACAUCUACAGGGAUUUUUGUAAUGUUUGUGAAAGAAACUGUAAAGAUGCAGUUUUGAACAAGAAACUUCUGACAAAAUUACAAGAAUCAAAGUUUGACCUCCUUCUUGCAGAUGCCCAAUUUCCCUGUGGUGAGCUGAUAGCUGAGCUACUGAAAAUUCCUUUUGUGUACACUCUCCGCUUUUCCCCUGGCUAUACUUAUGAAAAGUACAGUGGAGGGCUUCUGUUUCCUCCUUCUUACGUACCUAUUAUUAUGUCUGGAUUAAGUGGUCAGAUGACUUUCAUGGAGAGGGUAAAAAAUAUGCUGUGCAUGCUGUAUUUUGACUUUUGGUUUCAGACAUAUAAUGAAAAGAAAUGGAAUCAAUUUUACAGUGAAGUUUUAGGGAGACCCACUACAUUAUUUCAGGUCAUGGCAAAAGCAGAAAUGUGGUUCAUUCGUUCCUAUUGGGAUUUGGAAUUUCCUCGCCCAACAUUGCCGAAUAUUGAGUUCGUUGGUGGACUCCACUGCAAACCUGCCAAACCUUUGCCUAAGGAAAUGGAAGACUUUGUGCAGAGCUCCGGAGAACAUGGUAUGGUAGUGUUUUCUCUGGGCUCCAUGAUCGACAACAUAACAGAAGAAAGGGCCAAUGUGAUUACUUCAGCUCUUGCACAAUUGCCACAAAAGGUUAUUUGGAGAUUUAAAGGCAGGAAACCUGAUACCUUACCACCAAAUACUCAAGUGUAUGAGUGGAUCCCUCAGAAUGACCUACUGGGUCAUCCCAAAACCAAAGCUUUUGUAACUCAUGGAGGAGCCAACGGCAUCUACGAUGCCAUCACCCACGGGGUCCCUAUGGUGGGCAUUCCUUUGUUUUCGGAGCAACGUGAUAACACAGCUCACAUGAAAGCCAAAGGAGCAGCUGUUGUGUUGGAUUUCAAGACAAUGUCAACUGCAGAUUUGGUCAAUGCACUAAAGGAAGUCAUGAACAACCCAUCCUACAAAGAGAAUGUCAUGUGGUUAUCAACCAUUCACCAUGACCAGCCAAUGAAGCCCCUGGACCGAGCAGCCUUCUGGAUUGAGUUUGUCAUGCGCCACAAAGGGGCCAAGCACCUGCAGCCACUUGCCCAGAACCUCACUUGGUACCAGUACCACUCUUUGGAUGUGAUUGGCUUUCUGCUGGCCUGUGUGGUGACCAUUACUUUCCUUGUCAUGAAAUGUUGCUUGUUUUAUUAUUGGAAGAUUCAUAAGAUAGGAAAGAAGAAGAAGGAAUAGAACUCAUUGAGACCUAUAGGUGGUAGGCAUGUUAAGCCAGUCUAUUGUAUUUUAAUCAACCAUUUUAGAUCAAGGUAUAGGAAGAUGGUCCUCAAUGUUUUAUAAAACCAUUACCUUCCUGAUUUGCUAUAUAUUUUGUUUCAGUGAAACAUUAAAGAAUGUUCAAUUCUAUUUCAUAAUUCCUGAAAUAAUUCCAAUUUGGUGUUUGAUCACGCA